GUCAGCGCGGAGGGGCGGGGCCUGGCGGCGCGGGUCUGGUCUGCGGGCGCGGAGGCUCCGAGUGCCCGCUGCUCCCCGCUGCUCCCCGCUGCUCCCCGCUGCUCCCCGGCCAUGGCCGCCUCUCCGGGCCCCGCGGACUUGGCGGUGGAGCCGGGACUGGAGAUCAGGACCCGCUCGGUGGAGCAGACGCUGCUGCCGCUGGUGUCGCAGAUCACCACCCUUAUCAAUCAUAAAGACAGUACUAAAAAGUCCGAUAAAACUCUGCAAGCGAUACAGCGUGUGGGGCAAGCUGUCAACUUGGCCGUUGGAAGAUUUGUCAAAGUGGGGGAAGCUAUUGCCAAUGAAAACUGGGAUCUGAAAGGAGAAAUAAACACUGCCUGCAUCGAAGCUAAACAAGCAGGAGAAACAAUUGCAGCCCUCACAGAUGUAAGCGGCUUGAAUCAUCUGGAAACUGAUGGCCAGAUCACGAUUUUCACAGACAAGACAGGAGUUGUAAAGGCUGCAAGACUGCUCCUGUCGUCCGUGACAAAAGUGUUGCUGCUGGCAGACCGAGUAGUCAUUAAGCAGAUAAUAACAUCAAGGAAUAAGGUUCUUGCGACUAUGGAGAGGUUAGAGAAAGUGAAUAGCUUUCAGGAGUUUGUCCAAAUAUUCAGUCAAUUUGGAAAUGAAAUGGUGGAGUUUGCACAUCUGACCGGCGAUCGACAAAAUGAUUUGAAAAAUGAAAAGGAAAAGGCAAAAAUGGUGGCAGCCAGGGCAGUUCUUGAAAAGUGCACAAUGACUCUCCUCACGGCUUCAAAGACGUGUCUCAGGCAUCCCAAUUGUGAGUCAGCCCAUAAAAACAAAGGAGGAGUGUUUGACCGGAUGAAAGUGGCACUGGAGAAGGUCAUUGAAAUUGUGACUGACUGCACACCAAAUGGAGACUCUGACGUGUCCUCCGUCAGUAUUUUUACUGCAAUUAAAGAACUCAAGAGGAAUAUUGAAACUCUUCCAGAGAAUCUUUAUUUCUUGUCAAAAGAGAAUCUUUUGGCCACAUUGGAAAGUGUCUUGGAGAGGACGGAGGACUUCACUUAUUCUGCCUACACCAGCCAUGAGCACAGAGAACGCAUCUUGGAACUCUCCACUCAAGCAAGAAUGGCGCUGCAACAGUUAACUUCUGUGUGCAUCCAAGCUCAAAGCAAGAAAACAAAGAGCAUUGGUGAGGAGCUGGAACUCAGCAUGUUGAAGGUCAGCCACAGCCUCAGUGAGCUCCGGAAACAACUUCACAGCACAGCGACUCAACUGGCAGCUGACCUGCUGAAACACCAGGCUGACCAUGUGAUCCUAAAAGCAUUAAAACGCACUGGAGUAGAAGGGGAUCUAGAAGGCCUGGCUGAAUAUGCCUGCAAGCUCUCUGAACAGAAAGAACAGCUUGUUGAGACCUGCCGAUUGUUACGUCAUGUGUCAGGAACCGAACCUCUUGAGAUAGCCUGUGUCCAUGCGGAGGAGACGCUUCAGGUGACUGGCCAACAGAUUAUUUCUGCUGCAGAAACACUGGCGUUGCACCCAUCAAGCAAGAUCGCUAAGGAGAACCUAGACGUGUUCUGCGAAGCCUGGGAGUCCCAGCUCAGUGACAUGUCCACACUGCUAAGAGAGAUCAAUGACGUGUUUGAUGGAAGGCGAGGUGAGAGACCGCCCCCCCAUAUCUUGAAAGAUGACUAUCGUUUUACUAUAAAGCUAUUUGCUUCUUCCGCCGCUGUCAUAUUGCUCCGCGUACCCUCACUCAGGGUUGGGGAAGUGAUCAGUUACGUUGAAUACCCCUUAAGCAGUAGCUUGUUCUACCACCUUAAUAAUUCCUUUUAUUUCAGGGGAGAAGGACCAUUGAAAAAUUCUCGGGAUUUAAUUCAUCAACUAGAGGUUUUUGCUGCCGAGGGUUUGAAGCUUGCUUCAAAUGUACAGACUUUCUCAAAACAGCUGAAAGAUGAUGACAAGCUUCUGCUUCUCCUGGAAACCGACAAGCUGACGCCCCUGUGCCACCAACUGCAGACAGCAGCCAAGGCACCUUCGCACAAUCAGGUUGACAGGUGUCUUACAAACACGAGAUCCAUGAUGGCUAUCUUGAUUCGACUGCUCUCACUCUGCUACAAACUGCUCCAUAAGGUGACAUGACUUUUUUUUUUUAAAUUUUAUUUAUUUUCCCUUUUGUUGCCCUUGUUUUUUUAUUGUUGUUGUAGUUAUUAUUGUUGUCAUCGUUGUUAGAUAGGACAGAGAGAAAUGGAGAGAGGAGGGGAAGACAGAGAGGGGAGAGAAAAACAGACACCUGCAGACCUGCUUCACCGCCUGUGAAGCGACUCCCCUGCAGGUGGAGAGCCGGGGGUGCGAACCAGGAUCCUUAUGCAGGUCCCUGCGCUUUGCCCCAUGUGCGCUUAACCCGCUGCGCUACCGCCCGACUCCCGGUGAGAUGACUUUUAUCACUUCAACUUACAUUCUAAAAGCCAAUUUAAAGGAAAAGAAAAUAGCACUUAAUUGUGCAUUUUUCAAUUUUCAAAGUGAAAUAGAAACUUAACUUUCUUAACUCUCUCUGGUUUCAGAUGGAAAAAAACAGAUGAGUCUCAGUUACAAAUAAAAUCUUCAUGGAUGGUGAAGCCCGAGCGACUUCUGGGGCCAGAUCUGUAGACCAUCCUGUGGCGAAACUGACAUUUUUAGAGGCAAAUCUUUAUAUUUUCAGAAAGUCAGCAAUUUUAUAUCAAAUACUGAAAUCUUCAUUUUCUGACGAAACCUGUCGGGAAGCUUUUUUGACACUAAAUCCUAGGCUAGUUGCUAGAACCCGCCUUGCAAUGUGAUCUGAAAAUGGGACAUUGCUACUAGUGAUGUUCUUUGUAAGUCAAACCAAAUACUCCCAAUGUCUUAAAGACAGCUGAGUCCAAAGAGUCUGUUUUGAUGAGUGUGUACCCACCUGAGGUCCCUUUUUAGUAUCCUCACCCUGAACACGGACAUUCAGCAGCAGGUCUUAUCUAAGUGAGCAGAGGGUCUUCCUUAUGAACUGCAGGCUCUUUUGUAGCCUUCCUGCCCACCAGUUGUGACGGGGCCUCUCUGCUGCCCCUGCCCCAGGUGUCCUGUGCCACUUGUAUUUGCAUCUGUCCUAUUCAGGUGUUUAGCACAUGCUGGCUGCCCACCGCAGCCGUCUCCCCCGAGACUCCCAAGUAAAGCCAUUAAACUCCCGCCAGCACCCUGGAUGAACUUAUUAGAAGAUGGUUCUUACUUCUAAUUCUGGCUUAGCUGGUCUGUCCUGAAUAUUAUCUGGGAUCCCACACUCGUCUUAUUUAAAUUUUUUUUUUUUUUUGAACUGCCUUUCUCAGUAGUGACUGAUGGAAGAUAGAAGACAGAAUAAUGGAACUAAGAAGCUGUAUAAAAUAAAGUUUCAAUAUAUUUUACA